AUGGCCUCUCUGGACCUGCCCUACCGGUGCCCGCGCUGCGGGGAGCACAAGCGCUUCCGCAGCCUGUCCUCGCUGCGGGCACACCUGGAGUACAACCACACCUAUGAGACACUCUACGUCCUCUCCAAGACCAACAGCAUCUGUGAUGCUGCCGUCUUCCCCUUGGCUGCCGAUGGGGCUCUGCUGACCCCGGCUGCGCGUAGGGACUACUUUGAGAGCACCUCCUUCCAAGGCAAGGACCAACGCUUCUCAUGCGACCUGGUCCCGGCUGAGGAGCUGGAUCCGGCACCUUCCUCCUCCCCAUCACCGCGCUAUGUCCAUGAGAUCGAGAUCCCACUGAGCGAGAUCUUCAGCCGGAGCAAAGCUGUGGCACCGGCUCCGACGCCACCGGCCACAAUGGAUGCUGCCUAUGAGGAAGGCUUAGCCCGGCUGAAGAUCCGCGCCUUUGAGAAGCUGGAGGUGGAUAAGAGGCUGGAGAAGCUGACGGAGGAGGUGGAGCAGAAGAUCGCUUCCCAAGUGGGACGGCUCCAGGUGGAGCUGGACCGCAAGAGCUCGGAGCUGGAGAAGGCCAAGCAGGAGAGCCUGAGGCUCAGCAGGGAGAAGCAGGAGCUGGAGGACCGGGCGUCGGAGCUGUCCCGUCAAGUGGAUGUCAGUGUGGAGAUGUUGGCAUCCCUCAAGCAGGACCUGGUGCAGAAGGAGCAGGAGCUCACCCGCAAGCAGCAGGAGGUGCUGCAGAUCGACCAGUUCCUGAAGGAGACCGCAGCCCGUGAGGCCAAUGCCAAGGUGCGGCUGCAGCACUUCAUUGAGGAGCUGUUGGACCGUGCCGACCGCGCCGAGAAGCAGCUGCAGAUCAUCAGCAGCAGCUGUGGGACCACCCCCAAUGGCAGCCUGGGCCGCUGCGGCACCCCCGGCACCAAGGCCCCCCCCCGGGCGCUGCCAGCGCGGGCACAGAGAGACCGGCACCCAGGGCCAGGGGUGGCUGCGCAUGGUCCUUAUGGUGUGUCCAACCAGCGCUCCUCCUCCAGCACCGGAGCCUCAAGCCGGGCCAAAGCCGUAUCCCAGAGCUCAGGCUGCUAUGACAGUGACAGUGCGGAGCCGUGCCCCACAGAUGACACCACAGAUGGGCACCCGUACCCCACACGGGACGGCGGCCGCGGCUCGGGGCUGCGGCGUCAGGCCAUCCAGAACUGGCACCGCCGGCCCUACCGCAACAGCACCGAGGGUGAGGAGGGUGACGUGUCCGACGUGGGAUCCCGCACCACCGAGUCCGAGGCCGAGGGAUGGGAGCCGGAUGCACCGGGAUCCGCCGCAUCCCGACCCACCGGCAGCUGCCGGCUCACGGUGGCCACUGAUGGAUGCCCCACAGCCAGGAGCGAGGGGGCCGGGGGCAAAGUGGGGCGGAUGGAGAGGGGCAGCCCUGGGCACUGCAGUGAGGUGAUCAGCCCCGAGGUCCUCAAGAUGAGGGCAGCUCUAUUCUGCAUCUUCACCUACCUGGACACCAAGACCCUGCUGCGGGCGGCCGAGGUGUGCAAGGACUGGAAGUUCGUGGCCCGGCACCCGGCUGUGUGGACACGGGUGCUGCUGGAGAACGCACGGGUGUCCUCCAAGUUCCUGGCCAUGCUGUCCCAAUGGUGCACCCAGAUGCAUUCCCUCACCCUCCAAAACCUCAAGCCACGGCAGCGAGGGAAGAAGGAGAGCAAGGAGGAUUACAUGAAGAGCACACGGGGCUGCCUGGAAGCAGGGCUGGAGUCCCUGCUGAAGGCAACAGGCAGUAACCUGCUCAUCCUGCGCAUCUCACACUGCCCCAAUGUGCUGACGGACCGGUCGCUGUGGCUGGCGAGCUGCUACUGCCGGGCCCUGCAGGCGGUCACCUACCGGAGCUCUACGGACCCUGUGGGUCAUGAAGUGAUCUGGGCCCUUGGAGCAGGAUGCAGGGACAUCAUCUCCCUCCAGGUCGCACCUCUGCAUCCCUGCCAGCAGCCGACGCGAUUCAGCAACCGCUGCCUCCAGAUGAUCGGGAGGUGCUGGCCCCAUCUGCGGGCACUGGGUGUUGGAGGGGCAGGAUGCGGCGUCCAGGGAUUGGCAUCCUUAGCCCGAAACUGCAUGAGGCUUCAGGUGCUGGAGCUGGACCAUGUGGCAGAGAUCAACCAGGAGGUUGCAGCAGAGGUCUGUCGAGAGGGGCUGAAGGGGCUGGAGAUGCUGGUGCUGACCUCCACACCGGUCACCCCCAAAGCCCUGCUGCACUUCAACAGUGUGUGCCGGAACCUGAAGUCCAUCGUCGUGCAGGUGGGCAUCGUGGACUACUUCAAGGAGCCCCAUAGCCCCGAGGCCAAGAAGAUGUUUGAGGAAAUGGUGAACAAACUGCAGGCCCUGAGGAAGAGACCAGGCUUCUCCAAGAUCUUGCACAUCAAGGUGGAAGGAGGCUGUUAGUCCUUCAGGGAACCACAAAGCACAUUCCCAGAGGCUCUGUGAAACCAAACCCACCGUCGCUGCUCAUCCGCUGCCGGACCUGGAGCACGGAGACACCGGCUCAUGCACAAAGAAACCCUGAACCCUUGCAGGCCUCAGUGAUGGGCAAGCAGAGCCCAUCCCCAGGGCCAGCUCAUGGGCAAAAGGUGCUACUUCAGGACAUGUUUGGCUGCCCAAAGAGGCUUGUUCCUGGGAGGGAAGAUGACUUCAACCCUCCCUUUGUGGCUGCUCAUUGCCAAGGAUCCUUGUUUGGGGAAUGUCUUUCUCUUCAGUCUCUGUUUCGGGGGGGUUUGGUUGGUUGGUGGUGUGGGAGCUGAGGAUGGAUCUGCCAA